UAUCAGGGCUGCUACUUCGAUUCCAACGACAGACUGAUUAACGACUUGCUUACCAACGACAAUACUAUGACGAUGACAAGAUGCAGAACCAUCUGUCAGCACUACGCAUACUUUGGUCUUGAGGCGGGUAAAAUGUGCUUUUGCGGAAAUAGUCUCAGACGUGCAGGAAAAUUGGCCCCAGAGGCUGAAUGCACCUCGUCUUGCGUUGGUAACGCAAAUGAAAAGUGUGGAGGCCACGCUAGGAUAGGUUUGUACUCGUAUCAACGGAUUGUUUAA